AUGUCUAGUUUUUUCUCAAGGUCUCCGAAACAUCAACAUGUUCGUGAUGUAGGUGAUAUAUCUCAAUCAAUGGAAAAUGUGUCAAUUUCAAGUAAUAUGAUGGAUAUUGAUUCAAGUUAUAGAUCACCAAAUAAUAAAUCAUUCAGUAAUGCUUUUAAUCCAAAUCAAACUCACAUAAAUAAGGAAAAUAUCACACCAUUAAAUUCACCAACCAAAACCAUUUUACAUACAUCACCAACUGGAACUCCAUAUAGUAGAAAAUUUAAUCCACAACAUCAAACACAACCAUUAACUCCGACACCUUUAAAUCAAAAUCAAAAUUAUCAAAAAAGAGCAUUACAAGAUCAUAUAUAUCAAUUACAGCCACCACCAAAUCAGAGAAUCAAACUUUCCGAGGAAGAAUUCCACAAAAGGGCCAACAAUCCAAAAACUAAAAGAUUAACAUCAGUUGCUCAAUUAUAUUUUCUCGAUUACUACUGCGACAUGUUUGAUUAUGUUAUUAGCAGAAGACAGAGAAAGUCAUUUGUUGAACAACAAUUAUUCAGUGAUCCUACUUUAGCUAAUGAUCCUCAAAAACAACAAUUAGAAUGGAAAAGUUAUAUUGGUAGAGAAAGGGCAUUAUUAAGGAAAAGAAGAUUAAAACCAAAACACAAAGACUUUGAAAUGAUUACUCAAGUAGGUCAAGGUGGUUACGGUCAAGUGUUUUUAGCUAGAAAAAAAGAUACAAGGGAAGUUUGUGCUUUGAAAGUAUUAAACAAGAGUUUAUUAGUCAAAUUGGAUGAAACAAGACAUGUAUUAACUGAAAGAGAUAUUUUAACAAACACUAGAAGUGAAUGGUUAGUGAAAUUAUUAUACGCAUUUCAAGAUCCUGAAAAAGUAUUUUUGGCUAUGGAAUUUGUACCAGGUGGAGAUUUUAGAACUUUAUUAAAUAAUACUGGUUUUUUAAUACCACCACAUGCAAGAUUUUAUAUAAGUGAAAUGUUUGCAGCAGUAAAUUCAUUACAUGAAUUAGGUUUUACACAUCGUGAUUUAAAACCUGAAAACUUUUUGAUUGAUUCAAAAGGACAUAUCAAAUUGACAGAUUUUGGAUUAGCAGUUGGAUCAGUUUCAAAUGAAAGAAUUGAAUCAAUGAGAUUAAAAUUACAAAAGUUAGAGGAUUUAGAAGAAUACCAAGUACCUUCAAAAUUAAUGAUGGAAAGACAAAAAAUUUUCAAACAAAGUCAAGGACAUCAUAAUUUGGCAAAUUCGAUUGUUGGAUCUCCUGAUUAUAUGGCAUUAGAAGUUUUAGAAGGUAAAAACUAUGAUUAUACAAUUGAUUAUUGGUCAUUAGGCUGUAUGUUAUUUGAAGCAUUAUGUGGAUAUCCGCCAUUUUCAGGUUCAAAACAAGAUGAAACUUAUCAUAAUUUAAAACACUGGAAAACAGCUUUACGCAGACCACAAACAAAAGAUGGUAGAUAUGUAUUUAGUGAUCGUACAUGGCAAUUAAUUAUAAAAUUAAUUGCAUCACCAUCUCAAAGAUUAAAGAAUUUUAAACAAGUUCAAUCUGCUCCUUAUUUUAUUGAUGUUAGAAAUUGGGAAAAUCUAAGAGAUAAAACUCCACCGUUUACUCCACAAUUAGAUAAUGAAGAGGAUGCUGGAUAUUUUGAUGAUUUUGAAGAUGCAGAAAUGAUGAUGAAAUAUAAAGAUGUCUUUGCUAGACAAGAGCAAAAUGAACAAUUAUUAAAUAAUAGAGGUAAUAAAGGAUUUAAACAGAAUAAUUUUAUUGGUUUUACAUUUAAACAUAAAGCAAAUCCAAAUAAUAAAUUUGAAAUCAAUUUGUUGGAUUUGGAUAAUUCAUCUAGAUUAGAUCCAUUAGCUACUUUAUAUUAG